AUAUUCAUACCCCUCCUUUAAUCAAGAAGUGGAAUUUUCCUAGCGAAAAGUUGCCUAAUUUGCAUCGCAAAUUCUUCGCUAUAAAAGCCGCCGGUGCCAGAAGUCCGCUGAUCAGUCGCUCCGUUCGCACAGCAAAAGCUAUAUCUAUCUAUAUAUAUCACCAGUAUAUAUACCCAUCAACUUCACUAUGAACUUCUACAAAAUCUUUGUCUUCAUCGCCCUCAUGCUGGCCAUCAGCUGUGGGCCAUCUGAAGCCGGUCGGCAGAAGAAAAUCAUCAAGAAACUUGAGCGCAUUGGCCAGAUGACCCGAGAUGCCACCAUUGAAGGAGUUUUGCUUGCGCAGGGAGUCGCCAAUGUGGCAGCCACCGGCAGCGGAUGAGCAUUUAGUGUCCAUCGAAGGACGCUCCCAGGAUAACGCGCUUAAUUGUAAAAUGUGUACAUUCAUUUGCCAGCCAUUGAA